GCAACAAUAUUUUAAUGUCUCCUGAUCUUUAUUUAUUUUGGUUUCGAUCUUUUUAAACUAUCUCGAAGUCUUUUUUGAAAUUCAACGUGAUGGAUAGCACAAAUUUAGAAUCUUUGAAUGAAAAGUUAGACAAACUAUCUUUAUCUAUUCUGAAAUCUAUGCAAAGUAUCAUUUUAGAAAGGCAAUAUUUAGAGGAUAACUUAAAAGAAGGCUACAUUAACCUAGCUAAAAGUCGUUAUUUGAUGAGAGGACAAAAAAUCAGUAUGUUACAAAUAAAUACAUCAACAUUAAAAUCAUCUCUUCGAUCUUUGAGUUCUGAAGAUUUUGUGGAGGAAGCAAAAUAUAUUAAUUUUAAUAUUUUUGAACACAAUUCUUCAAAUAUCGAAGAAAAUGGUCUGAAACAAAGAUUCACAGAUGAUGAAAAGCUAAGUAAAAGAAUGGACGAGACACUAUCUUUUUCGGAAUGUAACUCUGAGGAAGCAACCAAUUCAAAUAUAAAAGAAAAUGAUCCUUUAAGAUGGUUUGGCGUUUUAGUUCCUGACUCUCUGAAAAACAGCCAAAUGAGGUUUUUACAAGCAACCAAAACCGCUUUAAAACUUGCUUCGCUACAGAAUGAAUUAAAUGCUCUUUGUGUUGUCUAUAGAACUCUUAGAUUGAAAAAGAAAGAGUUAAAGGAAUAAAAAGCUGCAUUAGUUUUUAUAUUAUUACUAUGAUUGUUUAGUAUUUUAUUUAUAUUUCGUUUCAUUUUUUUAAAGUUGUUAGGGGAUAAUUUAAUCUAGAAAUUUUAAUUGCCUCUGUAUCAAUGAUUUCCGUAUCGUGAACUGUGACAGAAUAAUCACAUAGUUUUGGCAACUUAUGGGCAGUGGCGCUCAAAAAUUUAAAAAUGAAGAAAAUCACAGUAAGGGACCAACUUAAAAGGUAUAACUUGAAACAUCUACCUGUUUUUUUUUUAAAGGUGCAAGUUUGUAAUCUAUGUGGCACCUUGGCGAAUGUAGUUGGCACGACAGACCACUGUGUGGAAAUAUCUCCCUCCUGUGCUGUUAUCAUUUGUCUAACCGGAUUUUAAUAAAUUGAUGUUUUUUUUUAUUCUUAAAGAAAUAUGUAGUGAAUAUUUUUUACUGUGUUAUAAUAAAGAAUCUUAUGUA